AUGGCCACCGCAGCGCGCGCCGUCGCCGCCGCCGCGCGCCCGGCGCGCCCGGUGCUCCUUUCGCGGCGCCUCCCGUGCCCGUCCGCCCGCCCCGCGCGGCGGCCUCGGGUCGGCCGCGCCGUCCGCUGCAUGGCGCGGCGGCCCGACGCCUCGUACUCGCCGCUGCGGCCGGGGCAGGGCGGGGACCGCGCGCCCACGGAGAUGGCGCCGCUCUUCCCCGGCUGCGACUACGAGCACUGGCUCAUCGUCAUGGACAAGCCCGGCGGCGAGGGCGCCACCAAGCAGCAGAUGAUCGACUGCUACAUCCAGACCCUCGCCAAGGUCGUGGGGAGCGAGGAGGAGGCGAAGAAGAGGAUGUACAACGUGUCCUGUGAGCGCUACUUUGGGUUUGGGUGCGAGAUUGACGAGGAAACCUCCAACAAGCUGGAAGGCCUCCCGGGUGUUCUUUUUGUGCUUCCAGAUUCCUAUGUUGAUGCUGAGAACAAGGACUAUGGUGCCGAGUUAUUUGUGAACGGAGAAAUCGUCCAGCGAUCACCUGAAAGGCAGAGAAGGGUGGAGCCGGUGCCUCAGAGAGCUCAAGAUAGACCGCGUUACAGCGACCGGACUCGCUAUGUGAAGCGGAGGGAGAACCAGGCCUACCAACGGUGACAUGCCCCUGUCGGUCUACGGGGUCUACCGCAAGCACCCCAUUGCUAUCGCUCUUGCCCUAGAUAUAGCAACUGCUCCACGCCCGAAAUGCCCCUCGGCGUCUUUGCUGCAUUGUAGCCUCCAUGCCUGGGCGUUUAUUUUCUUCAUGAACCGUAGGUUAAGAACUGCAUGUACUACUUGUAAGUGACUUUGUUCCGUUGUUUUGGUAACGGUAUCUUGGUUUGCGGCGGAAAGGAAAAAAAAAGUUCAUGUGUUUGGAGCUGUGGGAGACUGUUUCCACUCGUGAUGAACU